AUGGAUCGUAACAAGUAUUAUGGCGGCGAGUCUGCAUCAAUGACGCCACUUGAAGAUCUCUACACCAAAUUUAGUAUGCCCCCUCCUCCGGCUGAUACCGGACGUGGACGUGAUUGGAAUGUUGAUCUCAUACCAAAAUUUUUAAUGGCGAAUGGUCUUUUGGUGAAAUUAUUGAUUCAUACAGGUGUAACACGUUAUUUGGAAUUCAAAUGUAUUGAAGGUAGUUAUGUUUAUAAGGGAAACAAAAUUCAUAAAGUACCAGCUGAUGAACGCGAAGCACUUGCAUCAUCAUUGAUGGGCAUAUUUGAAAAACGUCGAUUCCGAAAUUUUCUCGUAUUUGUCAAUGAAUAUGAUGAAAAAGAUCCAAAAACAUACAAGGACGUUCCACCACAAACAAAAAUGGUGGAUGCAUUUAAAAAAUUUGGUCUCGAUCAAGAUACAAUUGAUUUUACGGGUCAUGCAUUAGCUCUUCAUAGCGAUGAUGAUUAUCUAGACAAGCCAGCAUUGGAAUCGAUAAAACGUAUUAAACUUUAUAGUGAUUCAUUGGCACGUUACGGAAAAUCACCCUAUCUUUAUCCUCUUUAUGGUCUUGGUGAACUUCCACAGGGAUUUGCACGUUUAAGUGCAAUCUAUGGUGGUACAUACAUGUUGGAUAAACCAGUGGAUGAAAUUGUAUUUGAAAAUGGAGUUGUUGUAGGUGUUAGAUCAGGUGAUCAAGUUGCCAAAUGUAAAGCGGUCAUAUGCGAUCCAUCGUAUGCACCAGAUAAAGUGAAAAAAGUUGGACAAGUCAUCCGUGCUAUCUGUUUGUUGCGUCAUGCUGUCAAUGUUGGUUCAAAUAAUUCACCUGGAUCCAUACAGAUAAUUAUUCCACAAAAACAAGUACAGCGACACAAUGAUAUUUAUGUCUGCUGUAUGUCACCUGCUAAUAUGGUCACACCUAAAGAUUGGUACGUUGCAUUGGUUAGUACAACGGUCGAAACAAACAAUCCAGAAGCGGAAAUAAAACCGGGUCUUGCUUUGCUUGAACCAAUAUUUCAAAAAUUUGUUACAGUAAGCGAUUUAUAUGAACCAACUGAGGAUGGUGUCAACAGUAAAUUAUUUAUAUCCAGUUCAUACGAUGCCACAACUCAUUUUGAAUCAACGUGUUUGGAUAUAUUGGAUGUUUAUCGUAGAGUCACUGGCGAAGCAUUUGAUUUUACAAAAGUAACAAGAGGUUUGGAUGCGGACGAUAGUCAAGAAGGAGUGCAUUAA